AUGGAGAUCUCGGCCUUGAACCUCGAAGAUGACCUCUCGGGCCAUACGACGCCGUUCCAUGCAGCGCUGGGGAAGGCCGUCCUCGACGAGUACUCGGUCGCCACGGUCCCCAUCAUCGAGUUCCGGAAGCGCAACAAGGGCUUGAGCCCCUGGCGGCUCCCGCGCGCAUUGGGCGAUCCAUCCGCGUCCUUGCCGUCGUCGCCUGUCAUCUACCACCCAAAGAAGAGCCUCGACGCACCCAACCUGCUCGACGACUACUACACCAAUGCGUUGACGUGGGUCAGCUCAGACACGUUUGCAGUCGCGCUCGGGCCCGCCGUGUACCUCUACAACACACGCACCAACUCGAUCUCGGAGCUCACGACGCUUCGAGGCGACAUCGUCGCCGCAACCUCUCUCUUGCACCUUCCGCCCGGCGACCUCGCGAUUGGCACGUCUCGAGGCCAUACCGAGAUCUGGGACGUGGCCGCUGAGCGCAUCAAAGUCCGGUAUCGCAGCCACAACUUCCGUGUUGGGUCGCUCGCCACUGACGAAUCCAUCCUCACGUCGGGGUCGAUGGACUCGAAGAUUAUCCACCACGAUACGCGCAUGGACCGCUGCCGGCCGUUGGCGACGCUCGGGGGCCAUUUUGGCGAGGUGUGUGGGCUUCAGUGGUCGAGCGAUGGCACGUAUUUGGCUUCCGGCGCCAGCGACCAUCUCGUGUGUGUCUGGAAGAAGGACUUCAACAGCCGGCGCCAAUUUCCGCUACAUACGAUCCGCGAUCAUUGUGCAGCAGUCAAGGCGCUCGCUUGGCGGCCGCUUGGACCGAGUGCUAUGCUAGCGACGGGCGGCGGACGCAGUGAUCGUACGAUCAAGCAGUGGCGAGUCUCGGUUGACGCGUGCACGCUCUUGCGGUCGACCGAUGCUGGCGCACAGGUUACGGGGCUUCUCUGGUCGCUGCCGCAGCACCACGCCCACGACGAGCUCUUGGCGUCGCAAGGCAGCGAUGUCGUCGCGUACAGUGCGGCGUCCAUGUCCCCCACGGCCAAGUACGUUGGCGACGCGGUGCGCGUGCUCAAUUUGGCGCAGUCCCCGACGGGUGGUUUGCUCGUCACUUCUGGGGCCCACGAGGUCGUCCAGCUCUGGGAUGGACGCCCGCGGCUAAAAUUUGGAUCGACGCAACGGCGCAAGCCAACACCCUCCUCGUCAAUGCUGGACGUUGGACAGAUCCGGUAG